AUGCCAAGAAUGGAGCUGGAUAACAUAUUUCUGAACAAGCUUCCGAUCGUAGCCGCUACGGGCAGCGAAGGUGGAACGUGGAACCAUUACGCAUUCAUCGAGAGCACCUGGGGCGAGCGGAAGAUACUGCUGAAGAUCAUUGUGUUCAGCCCGCUGUACAAUACGCCUCUAAGCUUCCUGUCCGAGAUAGACCACGAGGUGCUGCAGCAGACGGCCAUACGAUUAGAGCGUCCAUGGAACGAUUUUCUGCACGAAACGAAGCUGGCCCUUUGUACCGAGGGUGGCGCGAACGGGUUUAGUUACGCGGUCGAAGAAAACAAUUUCGUGUGGCGUAAGAUUGUUGGGCCCGCGUUAACCGUGGCGUACGGUUCGGUUAUACUGCUCCGGUCCCAGUGUCUGCUCUCGGAUGUGCUGUCGAACUCGAUUGGCACCCAGAACCGGCUGCGCAAUGAUGUGCAGCUGAAAAAUAAGGUGCUGCACGAACUGAAGGAAGAGCACGAGGAGCUGCUCGAGUUACAGCGCCAGCAGGAAGAAGACAGUCGGCUGUACGAGAUAGAGUUGAUAACCAAGUGCAUCAGUAUACUGAACGAGAAGAAGGAAGUAAUUAACCAUCUGAAGAAAAAGCUCGCCGAAGAGGAUGAGGAACCGGAAGGGGAGCGGGAAGAGGAGGAAGAGGAGCAGCGAAAUGAACCGGCCGUGGAUCAGUUCGAACGGCGGCUGGCAAGGGAGGAAGACCAACCCAGACCAUCGCCCUCGCUGCUAGGGACGAGCGAUUCCGAGCCAUUUCUGGUGGAUAGCGAUCCACAGGAUCCGGACGAUCAUGGAACGCUGCCAAAGCGGACAAAGUAUCAGCUAACGCAGCGCAGUGCUACAACCACAUCCGCGAGCAGCAUGAUGUCUACGGUCAACCGGAAAUCGCACGAGGAAGAUGAUGCCGCUACCAGAGAGGAGCAGGAUGGCCAACUGGAUGAUUUGUACAAUAAGGAUACGGAGGAACUUUUACAACAGAUGUAA